UGUACGUAAAUGCCGGCAGGAAAUGACGUUGUACGGAGGACCGCUCGGGUCAGACAGACAGCUCAGCGUUAGCCCCGGCUUCCUGUCAGCAUAGCUUGAGCUGGUUCCCAUUCCAGUGACAGGAAGAACUCUGCCCGUCCCUCAGCGGCCCUUGUCACCGUCAUAUUAGCACCAUGAACACCGUUCUGUCCCGGGCCAAUUCCCUCUUCGCCUUCUCCCUCAGUGUCAUGGCUGCACUCACUUUCGGCUGCUUCAUCACUACCGCAUUCAAAGACCGAGUGGUGCCUGUAAACAUCCAUGUGUCCCGGGUUACACUAGAGAACGUGGAAGACUUCACUGGCCCAAGAGAAAGGAGUGACCUUGGAUUCAUCAUAUUUGAUAUAAAUGCAGAUUUGCAGCCAAUAUUUGACUGGAAUGUUAAGCAGCUGUUCAUAUAUCUGUCUGCAGAAUAUGCCACUAAAAGUAAUGCCUUAAACCAGGUUGUGCUAUGGGACAAGAUCAUCCUCCGGGGCGAUAACCCAAAGUUGUCCUUAAAGGAGAUGAAAUCAAAGUAUUUUUUCUUCGAUGAUGGAAACGGUCUGAAGGGUAAUCGUAAUAUAACGCUGACACUGUCUUGGAACGUUGUCCCGAAUGCCGGCAUCCUUCCUUUGGUCACUGGAUCAGGCCAUAUUUCUGUCCCAUUUCCUGAUACCUAUAAGACCACAAUGAGCUAUUAAGUUAUUACGAUGUUUUCCUAACUUGAUUUUUUUAUAUAUUUGUUCCUGUACAUCUUGAAAAUACCCCGCCUAAUUUUCCUACCAAAAUAAAGAGACAUGUUUUAUCUACAAAAAGAGAAAAACUACACUUGGCAAUAAAACGUUUUAUUUAGAAAUGUAAUGGCCAUGUGGGUAACAGCAUCAUUGUAAAUACUGGUAAGAAGCCACAAUCUUUUUAUUUUUUUAUUUUGUGUUUAGUCUCCCUGGUUAUUUGGGGGGGGGGGAACAAAUUGCACCCAUCCUGUUACACGAGCAAUGCAAUCCAUUUUUUUUUCUUUCAUAAUGGCUGAGCCAGCUGAGUAAAUGUGAUGAAUGUAUUGGAUUUUUUUUAUUAGGAUAUUCUACAUUAUGCUGUCAUCUAUUGACCAAUGUGAGCAGUCCAAACACUGUUUUCAAAUAAAACUAUCCAAUAUGGUGUACAGA